UUGAAAUGUAGACAUGACACCGGAAGCAGAAGUGCAGCACGGAAUCUUAUCAGAGACGGACCGACCGCGGUGUAGGAAAGCUAGGGUAACAUUUACACGGAAGAAAGACUUUUGUUGGGUUUAAAGUCAAACUGACUCUAUAUUUAGUUUUUUUAAAUGAUCUUUAAACAUGUCCUGCAGACUGCCGGAUACACUGGGUUGAGUUUUUAAUGUGACUGACUAAAAAUGGAGGCAAGGUUUAGCAGCGAAGUGGCGUCCAUAGUGGCAGUAUCUAUCGAGGCGGCCGUGUCUGUUUUCAGGGAUGUCUGGGCGAAAGAGGCGCCAAACUCGGAGUGGGAAGAGGCUAAGUCCGGGCGAAUCCAGGAGAUAGAGAAGUGUCUGGUGCUCCAGAUACACCAGGUGUUCACAGAGUACUCCUCGGAGCUGUUUGAAGAGAACGAGGCUCUUCGGGCCAAGGUGGAGAAGCUGGAGGACGUUCUUCAGAAGAAAGCCGGGCAGCUGGAGCAGGAGCUGGAGGCCAGAGUGGGUCAGCUGGGCAAAGAGAUGGAGCAGCUGGAGCAGGAGCUGAAGAGCAUCAGUGACGUGGGCAGCAAGACACCGGGAGGCCCGACCCUCCUCGUGAUGCAGGACGCCUCUCUGAUAGGAGCCCCGGUGGUGUCGGUCUCCACCAGUCCUGCUGUUCCGCUGGUUGCUGUGAAGGAACCUGCCUCCAGUCCUCCUCCGGUUUCAGCAGUGAGCUCCACAGCUGCCCCGGGGCCCGUCUCUGAACCUGGCACGGCCCCGCUGGUGUUUGCUGGUGGAGACUCCCAGGUGCUGUUUGUGGGGGUCGGCCAAGUUGUCCCCGAUGUCCCUGCACCACCCACGACUGUCUCUGAAUCAACACAGUUCCUCCUCACAGCAGCGGCAUCAGCGCCGGCACAAACCCCCCCCUCAGACUCGGCACAGAGAAGGCGGACUGCGGUCCGGGUCCGGACCCUGACGCCGACCUAUAACGACCCGGACCUAUAA